AUGCAGACGCGCACCACAAUGCUCCUUCGACAAGUGCUUGUCAGCACAAUCCUCUGUACGCUUCUCAGCGUCCAAGCCCGCCAGCUCCCGUCUCCUGCAGGUGGCAGACGCUUGAGCCAAGCAUUCGCCUCUGUCAAUGGCGCGUCAGCCGUGGCCGGCAACUCCCUGGCCUCAACUAGCUACUCUCCUCCAAGCAACAAUGGGAAUCCGGUUGGUAAUUUCUUCUCAAGCGUCUUCAAUGGCGGCCGCGAUCGCCUCAACUCUGCAGCCUCAAGCGUCGCUGCUCUAGGCGGCAGCGGCGGCGGCGGUGGCAGCUCCUCGGCAGCUUCCGCCGCAGCUUCCGCGGCCUCUGACGCUGCCAGCGCCGCUGCUGCCGCUGCUUCGGCCACCGGGACUUCCGGUGCAUCGGCAGCGGCAUCGGCGGCGGCAACUGCUGCGCAGAGGGCCGCCUCGGCCGCAGCUUCUGCCUCCUCCGCCGGUCAGACCUCCGCUGCAGCCGCCGCUGCUGCAGGCCAGGCGUCCGCAGCCGCUGCAGCAGCCGCCGCAGGUGAUGGCGCAUCGGCGUCUGCCGCCGCAGCGUCCGCUAGCAACUGGUCUGACCAGGCAUCGGCUGCGGCGGCGGCGGCCGGUGGCGGCAGCAGCGCGAGCGCAUCGGCAAGCAGCGGCGGCGCGGCGGCGGCCGCAUCGAGCGCCUCUUCAGGCGGAGGCCGCGGCUCCGGGGGCGUUGACAUUGCGGCCGCCGCGGCGGCCGCUGCUGCCGGCGCCUCCAGCGCAGCAGCGUCUGCAGCCAGUUCUGCAGGUGGCCAAGGCUCGUCUAGUGCCUCAGCUGCGGCAUCGGCCGCUGCGGCCGCGGCAUCGGCCGUCUCUGCUGUAGCCAACAGCGUCGGCCUCUCAUCGGCCGCCGCUGCCGCCGCAGCCGCCGGCAGUAGCGCUGCCUCUGCUGCGGCUGCUGCUUCCUCUGGGAACGCCUCAGCAGCCUCGGCUGCCGCCAGUGCUGCGCGCCAGGCAGCCGCCAGCGCAGCCGCCUCUGUGGCGGCCGGUGGCCGCUGA